AUGGCAGACUCAGACGCAGAAACGGCAACCCAGCCGUCAACUUCAUCAGUUUCUUCAUUGCCCGAUAUGAAGGUGGCCGAGCUGCACACCCAAACAGCAGCAGUUGAGUCGUCUAAGGCUCGGCAGACCUUGUCGCCAUCCGCCUCAAAACGCCUACGAAACCCUGCCUCAUCUUCCUCGCUUCCUAACAUCAGCACCAUACUGAAGCGUCACGCUUCCGAUGCCACAACCAAUAAAGACUGCAAAGGGAGUGCUGGAUCCAACAAGAUCUCUGCGACAUCGGCUGCUAAACGUAAAGUCUCCAGAAAGACUACCAGUGAAGGUGCAUCUAUCUCAGAGCCGCAACCCCCAUCUACUCAUCCUGAAACCGACAAGAACGACAGGUUGUCGGAGCAGGAGAUACCUGCCGUCAGCAACGUGCAAGUGAGUGAGGUGAUCCCAGUCAGAGACACCGCCGUGAAUGGUACUGGGCACGUCAAAAUCAAUACCACUGGCCUGGGACCGGCCGAGACUACUACCGCUUUCAAAGACGUGGAGACCGCAGCCGAUUCAAAUGCCAUCCUCUACGCAUCGGUUCUAGAUGAGGAAGCGGUAGAUCCGUGCGAACUCGAGGUCGAAAGUUGUCCUCAUCUUCAUAUAGAAGCGAUUGUCGGCCACCGCUUCGUUCAAGGUGUCGGCAUCGAGGUUCUGGCCCAAUGGGGACAAGAUCACAACCUCCCCAACUCCUGGGAGCCCGAGAGUAUCAUGCACGCUGAUGCCAGGGAUCUUCUCCUAGAGUAUUGGGAGACCACCCCGGGAGGUCGCCUCCAGGAGCUACGUGGCACAGGCCACGAGAACGAUGUCUUUGCCCUGCACCGAUAUGAGGCAAGACCGAACGAUGACAGUGAGGGCGCCGCGCCCAAGAGCAAAAAGAUCAAGCUGAUGCCAAACAAGAGCAGAUCAGCAAAGCCUCACAAAGCGUUGCUGGUCGUUGAAGUGGAAUACUGUGGUUACAGGGGAACAACAUGGGUACCUGACAAGCUGCUUAGUGAAGAUCUCCCCGUCCUGAUGGCCAAAUACUGGGCUCUUGCUGGAGGCCGACCUGCCGGCUUUUAG